AAGCGCGUACUAGUCACUAGGUUUUUGCUCAUGAAUAUUAAUUAGGGUUCUCGAACGCACACUUUAAGGUUAGCGAGAAAGGUCAGCUUGACCAAAUUAAUAUUCAUGCACUAAGGCUUUGGCAUAAGUAAGAUUUGUACAAAUGCUGACCGGCAUUAUGCAUCGGGUCGAUACAGCUGCAUCACGGCACAAAUCGGCUCAGGUACCCUCUCUGCCGUUGAGGACCUCUAGUAUCAUGCUUAAAAACACUUAACCCGACCAGCUGCUUAAAUCAGACCUCGACUUUAACAUUUUGAACGUAUUUUGCGACUCUUUUAUGGUAGCCGUAACUGUGGCAAUGCUGCCUACCAAGAACUGCAUCCGCAGAAACUACAGCUGUAUCGCUGGGCUGUGCGGGAGCUUGUCAGAUUCAGAGCAGAAGCUGGAGAACGAAGACGAGGACAUGGAGGGAGAGAAGGACACCCAUGGAGACUGCGAACCAUUAGAAAUCAGCGUAGUGAAUGAGAAACCAAGGGGAAGAGAGUCGUUCCCGAAGCCCCCACACAGCCCGACGAAGCGCCACAGGUGCAUAUCUCUUCCCACACCGACCGAAAGAGCCAAACUAGAGAUCGCACGAAGCCAGAGCCCGAGUAUUCAUAAGAAGGUCCGAUUCGCGGACUCUCUCGGUCUGGACCUGAUUUCUAUCAAACACUUUGAUGGCACGGAAAUGCCUGAGGUACCAGAGCGCAUCAUUAACAAAUUCAAGAAAACCAGAGAUCUCCACUUGAAGAACUUCGACGAGUCGAACACAUCGAGCCAGUCCGUGUUCCUGGAGCUGCUCUUCACAAAUCCAGGAUCUCUGCCACACUUCCUAGACAGAGUGAAAGAGGUGAAGGUUUUGCUGGAGUCGGUUCAUGCGGAUGAAUUCAGCCUGUCGGGGAUGGUGCGGGUGCUUAACAUGGCUUUCGAGAAAAGCGUCUAUUUGAGGUACACUUUAAAUAACUGGACGACAUUUAUGGAUAUUCUGGCGUCUUACGUCCCCUAUUCCGUUGACGGACUGACGGACAAGUAUAGCUUCAAAAUCGUCACCCCGAACUUUCUGGAGUGUGUAGGAACCCUGCAGUUUGCCGUUAAGUACUGUGUCGGAGGGGGAGAAUUUUGGGACAACAACAAUGGUAAUAAUUACAAACUGAGACGCCACAGGUUUCAAAUCUCUCCUCCAGGGGAAUCGGAAAAUGGAUGGAUUCAUUUAAUUUAG